AUGGGGAUCUCGUACUUGAUCAAGCACCUAAUACCCUACGCCGAGACUGUCUCGCUGGGGAAACCGACGGACCAGGGCCCUCCGUGCGUGCAGUCGGUGGUGAUUGACGGGCCGAGUCUGGUGUACCACGUCUACUACCGACUGCUAGCGUGGACAGACCCAACCUGCGAUGUACUGGACAUCCAGCCAACCUGCGACGAGGUCAGUCGCGGAGUCCGGGAUACCCGGCUUGCUCGGAUCGAAAAGUCCAGGCAUCGGCUGGAACUGGCUAGUCGCCGUAAUGUUUCUCCCGAGCAUGAGUAUCGCACAGAGACUUUGUUCCAGCCUGUGCAGCUUUGGCAGACCCGAAACCUUCCCGCUCGGUGGAGGAACCUUCCCGAAAACCCGUUCAUGGUCUCCGCGGUGUUUGAGGACUUACGGUUCCGGUGGAAUAAAAGAAGCAUUCUGCAGGAGUUUGAACAUCGGUCCGAUCUUCCUCUGGCAGAGGCUGAAUUCCCAUGGGCCGGGGUCACCGUGAUGGUCCCCGGGGAAGCAGAUAUCGAAUGUGCCCGAAUCUCGAAACUGCAUGGCUCGGCGGUCUUAACAAAUGACUCGGAUCUGUUGGUUCAUGACCUAGGCCCCCAUGGUGCAGUCGUGCUCCUCAACUCGGUGCAUAUGAUCGCGGGUGCACCAGACCUGGCUGGAUCAGAGAUUCGGGGGCUUCGAUUACAUCCCUCGAGACUCUCUGAUCGGCUUGGAUUUGUCAACCUGCAAAGAUUUGCGUACGAGUUAACACGGGACCCUCAUCGGAGCUUUGUAGAGCUUCUGCGACGGUCCAAGGAGGACUCUGGAAAGGUCGAACAGUCUGCCGCCUACAUAGAUUUCAUCCGAGAAUACCAGCACAAUGAGCCGACAGGGGCGGAGAAGAUACAACGUGUCCAGACAUGUGAUCCCAGAGUGUCUGAAUUAUUCUGGCAGUACGAGCAGCCGGACGUCUAUUGCUGCGCCGAGCAGCCCCAUAUGUACCUCGGAAUCCUCCACGAAGAUCACUCCAGGCGAUGUGCCUGGGAACAAGGGCGCUUCUACAGGGCUAUCGGGUAUUCCCUUCUCAACCUGUCUCGAUCAGACCCCCAUAUGCUAUCAGUUGUUCAUGAAUUCGUUCGCAGGGGAGGUAGAAUCGUUGCUGAGCGGGUCACUCUCGGCCGGGCAGAGACGACGGCCUCCGACCUGAGCAUUCUUCAAAAACGUCUGGAUCUAGCGCAAACAACCUUUGGGCAAAGGACUCAAUCCAGCUUCUGGGUAUUGUUUGCCCUAUCCGAGAUAUACCGUGAUUCCUCCAACGCGACUACGAUACCCGACGCGAUACAUCUCGGGCGAUUUCUCGAGAAAGGAUUCAUGGGCAAUCGAACUGAAUGGGCUGACAUCCAUCUAAUGGCCCAGAUACAGGCCUUGCUGUAUUCCUUGCGAGUUUUGAAGCAGCUUGUUGAAAUCACAGCCGAGAAGAUCUCUGUUCAACAUCGAUUUAUUCUCGCAGACUUGCCUCCGCUGCAUGUUCUUAUGAGAUCGCGGCACCAGAUUGUUGAAUGCUUCUCUAUUAACGGAUUGGCCCAUAAUUCGGUUUGCCAGCUGCUCAAGGUGUACGGUUGA